AUGCGUCAUGGAGCUGGUCCUCUGAGCUCCAACCAUGACAUAAAAGCAGAAACUAUGACUGAUUUAUCUGCUCAAAUGGGAACUGUCUCCCUCGACAACAAUGGGACUAGACAAAGAUUGGAUUGUUACUUUUGUAAUGAUGUGGUUGCUCCUGUUGAUUCAACCUCCAAUCGUACGUUGGACCAGCAAUGCACUGUUACUCGUCCAUGGCUUGCUUCUAUUGCAUCAUCACUUGCAGUUGAACUUCUUGUAGGAAUCCUGCAUCAUCCUUCUGGGAUUUUCACAAAGGCUGAAUUUGCAAACUCAACUGAUUCUUCAAGCACCGAGCAACCUCUUGUUACACAGCAUGUAGCUCCACUGUGGUAUCAGAGUAUCAAAAAAGGGGGGAUGGAGUUCAUUCUUGAAGCCAUCGAUCAUCCUACAUAUCUGGAGGACAUAACUGGAUUAACAGAGCUGAUUAAGUCAGCUGGCACUUUCGAACUGGACUGGGAUAAUGAGGAUGAUGAGUGUGUUGAAAUCUAA